UAAUGAGCAAACUUGUGAUUCAAUUAAAAAUAUUUUAAAAAUCUAAAAUCAUAUUUCCUUACUAUUUGGAAAAUAGUAGAAGUAUAAAAAGAUUUUUUGAAUUANAAUAUAGAGAAUUCAAUAAAUAAAGUAGUUAAAGAGGGAAAUGUAUAAUAUCCAUAAAUAUUUAAAAUAUAACGUCAGAGUGUGAAUUUAAUAAAGAAAAAAAUAGGAAAUCAAGAUAUUAAAAAAUAAUUAUCAUCAUUUGAUAAAGAUAGAAUUAUUGAUUUAAGAUUAGAAUUUGAGGCAUAACAAAUAGGCAAAGAUUUAGAAUUUCAAAAAGCAUACUUAAAUUACUUUAUUAGAGAUAAAUAAGAGGAAGAAUUCAAUAAAUUAUUAAUUCAAUUAUUUUAAGUGAUUCCUGAACAUUGUUGGAAUAUUAAUAAAUAAAUAUCAAAAACAAUUUCCAUUAAAUAUCCUGGAAAUAUAUGUGCAGUAUGCUAAUAAGAUAUUUCUUCAGAACCUAAAUAAUAUUAUUGUUAUUUUAAAAAUGAGUAUGUCUGUGUUUAAUGUGCAGAAUUUACUGAUUUAUCAAAAAAAGGAAUGGAUAUUUAUAAAUAUUAAGAUACUUUGAUUUUUAUUAAUGGACCUCUCCAAGAUGAAUCUGUCUUACAAGACAUUGAUUCACAUAAAAUUGGAAAAAAUAGAAAACUUAAAGAAGGAGAGGAUGAUUCACUAAAAUUUAAUUUUAUCUGUAAUGGUUGCAAUAAUAGUCAACAUGAGGGGCCUAGAUAUAUAGCUGUAAAUGCACGACCAGGAAAGUAUAGAGGAACUGUAUUUAAUAUUAAUUAGUUUAGGGUUAUCUUGAUUACUGCUAAUAAUGCUUUUAAGUUUUGAAAAACAAAGAUUCUAUUGAAGCAAAGAAAAUCAUUGAAAAAGAUGUUGCUGAAGGAAUGAAUUCAGAUAACCUUUUUACGAGAGUUCUUUUUUGGUAUGGAAAAUAUAGUGAAUUUUGA